CCAGACUGAACUUCAACUCAAUCUUUAUUAACCGCUUCUUUGCAGCUCCUCGUACAUGACAUAGGGAACUGACUGAUGACCUGAUGAAAAUAAAAAACUUACUCUUUGUAUCCAACUUCUGGUUAGGUAGCUUUCUGACUUACUUGAUAACAAACUAGAUAGCCGUCUUAAGCCCUCUUUCAUCUCAAGAACAUACGUGUAGUACGAGACUAUUUCGACAGAAAACUUGAAAGGUUUCCAGUGGCAUCAAUUCAAACUGUGACAACCAGUUUAAACUAUAAAUAGGCCUAUUAUAAAUAAAUGAAGCUGUGAUUUUAGCACAUUUAUAGCAGAUUUGUGUGAACACUUUAUAUUUUAUUCAACCUCCACCUCUUCCUGGUGCCUUGCUGUGGAUUAGUUGAAGUGCAACUCAAAUAACACGUAGGGCGGAGUCUUAGCUGAACACGCCAUUGUCUAAAGCGCUGCCACUUUCCUAGACAAUCCACAUACCUCAGUACACCUGUUCAGUGUGAACCAGUGAAGUUUCUGUGUAUUAUUAACUAAAUUAACAAGUACAAGCCAUACAGACACCGCUCCUACCCAGAAAAGAUCGACUAAGUAAAGAUCAUGGCCUCUACCAUCUGCUUGCUCCCUGAGAAGCACUUCUUGUGCUUUCUGUGUAGGGACAUCUUCACCAGCCCCGUAACCAUACCAUGUGGACACAGCUUUUGCUUGUCCUGCCUGUCCAAAUACUGGACACGACAUCAGUUGAAAUACUGCCCUCACUGCAGGAGACUGUUCACAGACAAGCCUGACCUCAGUGUCAACCACAUACUGGCAGACGUAUCUGAAAACUACAGGAAGUCUCGACCACAGAAACCACCAGAUGAGGAAACGGUUAUAGAUGUUAACCAAAUGAUUCAGGAAAGGGUGCAGAAGAUAGAAAGACUGAAAUACUCUCUCGGGCUACAAAAGAACUCUUACCUCAGAGAGGUGCGAGAGAGUCAGAAGAUCUUCUCUGCACUUGUAAAUGCUAUGGAGAAGAGCCAUAAAGCUGUUGUUGCUGCAAUUGAGGAGAGGCAGAGAGAAGAGGAGAGCAGGGUAGAAACACUGGUCAAAGAGAUCGAACAGGAGAUUGAGGAGCUGAGGAAGGAGACCAAAGAACCGGACCCUCAGAUCUCUGGUGAUCAGAGUGACGACUUGAAGCGACCUGCCAAGCCCUGUGAGAUGAAGGACUGGUCCAAGGUUACCAUAGAAACUGAUCCUUGUAUUGGAGUCACCAGAAGAGCACUGUCAGACGUGUUGGAACAAAUAAAGUUAGAAGUCAACAGACUCUCCAAAGCUGAACUUAAGAGAAUCGAGAAAUACUCAGUGGAUGUUAACCUAAGUGCUAAAACAGCAAACCCUUUCCUUUGGGUCUCAGAUGACAGAAAGCAGGUGAGGCACACGGAUAAGCUUCAGGAAGUACCGGAGAACCCCAAGAGGUUUGACAGAGUGGGAAAUGUUCUGGCCAAAGAAAGCUUCGCUGGCGGGAGGUGCUACUGGGAAGUGGAGGUUGGGGAGAAGAUAGAAUGGACCCUAGGUGUUGCCAGACAGUCCGUAAACAGGAAAGGCAAGUUCACAGUGUGCCCUGCAAAUGGUUUCUGGACCUUAAGCCUAAAAGCUGGAGGCCAGUACAUUGCAAACACCUCUCCUGUCACCCAGUUGGCUCUAGACCAACGACCCAAGAAGUUUGGAGUGUUUCUGGAUUACAACGAAGGUCGUGUGUCCUUCUACUGCGCAGACUCUGGAGUCCACAUUCAGACCUUCACGGAUAAGUUCACAGAUCGGCUCCAUCCAUUCUUCAGUCCUGGUCGCAUGCAUGGAGGCAGAAAUGCAGCUCCUCUAGUCAUCUGCUCAAGUUUUUGCAACAUCUAAACCUCAUUCCAGUUUAAAAAGAGUUACUUGUUGGUUCUUGUUAUCUCCUUAAUAUUUAUCUAGCGUGAUUAAUGUGUUUAUUUAUUUACAAAGCUAUUGAACAAUGAGCCACAUUUUCCCUGUCAGAGCAGGCUACUGAACAAGAUGGUGCAAAAGGACUACGUCAGUACACUUGAAAACUUCAAUGAAACGCAUAAACAGACUGAAAAAAGAAAAAAAGUGUGGCAGUAAAUAAUAGAUGGCUGUCAUAAAUGAACAAGUGAGUGAAAGUA